UUUAAGAUAUAAUAAUCCAUCCAAAUUGCCCCAGAUUUCAACACUCACGUAAUUGACCAGCGUCCCCCGCACGCACGCACGCAGGCGAAAGCUCUGCGCUUUGGCGCUUCCAUGGCCGAUCCCUACUACGCUUACGCUGCUCCCGCCGCAGACCGAGCUACUGUUGCCAGGGCAAGUUUUCCUGGCUAUUUGUCAUCUGAGACGCCAUCAUUAGCAUCUCAUCAUGCAUUCGGCUAUGAAGAUCUACGCGCUUUUCCUUCAGAUGCUUUGCAGAAAGAUGUAAAUCCAGUAAGACCAGGGACAUAUGGCAUAGAUGAUAUUCUAGGAAGUGGGAUACGUCCUGAACCUGGAACCGGACGAUUAGCAGCUGGCACAAGCCUUAAGGGCUAUUCAACUCCUUUAGAAGAUCCAGUACUUCAUCAAAGGCAAGACUUUUCAGCAGGCGAAAGGUCAAGUUCCUUGAGGAAUGUUGACAGCUUGACAGCACCCACAAGAGAAUCGAAUAUCUUGUUUGUCCAUGGUCUUCCAACUGACUGUACCAGAAGAGAAGUAGGCCAUAUGUUUCGACCAUUUUAUGGCUUCAAGGAUAUCAGAGUUAUCCAUAAGGAGGCCAGACGUAGUGGAGAUCGGGCUUUGGUGUUGUGCUUUGUUGAGUUUGUGGAUUCCAAAUGUGCUUUCACAGCUAUGGAAGCCCUUCAAGGUUACCAGUUCGAUGACAAGAAACCAGACUCCCCAGUCUUGAGGAUUCAAUUUGCACACUUUCCUCUCCGUCUACCCUCUGAAAAAAUGAUGUAGAAUGGCUAGAAAGCCAGGUCUGAUCUGAGCAAAUGGAUGUGAUAGUGAUCAAUCUGUAAUGUGUUACCCGAUGACGUGUAGACUAGUGUGCAUAUCUCUGAUUUUGCUAGCUUCACAUCACUGGGCCGUUGGAGCUAAGGAUAGAAGCAGGAAUGAGUUUUUCCUUUUAUAUGACUUGACCUAUACUUGAUCAAACUGUUCGUGAAUAUCACAAAAGAGAAUUUUCUGUCUGAUGUUCUUGUAAAGGAAACAGAAAUUUCACUGUGGUCUUGAUGAUUAUUCAGGAUGAGUGCAAGAUCUUGUCAA